UCUUUCGGUGGUGGUUCUUGGGAAUUGGCCUCGUGGGACGAAAAAAAGAAAAAGAAGCCGGGUUUGCACACGAGAUUAAAAUGUCUCAAAUUAAUCUCCUGGACAAUUGGGAAACCCAAUACGACGAACCACAAAUUUCCCGUUUAAAUCAAGAUGAAGUUAUCAGUGUUUACGAAGUUUACGUUAAAGAAGAAACCAUCGGGCCAGAUGGCAAAACUCAAGUUUCGGUUGUUUCCAGUAUUCCUGGACCGGGUCAGCAUCAGUUGAUUGAAGGCGACUUAGAUUUAGAUGCCGUGAUUGAAUCCGAUAUCAUAAACGUAGAUGGUUCCGUUUCCAAACUUUUUGGAAACGAUGCUCUCAAAUACAAGAUUAUGGAUCAGAAUGUAGCACCUGGGGAUGACAACUUAGUGGUUUAUUCGCAUCCCCUUGGCGAAGGGCCGUCCACUGGCACGGCUCGUCUAAUCGAUAAGGACGAUCCGAGAUCGCGACUUCAUUUCGUCAAGUACCUCAAACGUGACGGGAAGACGUUAAAGAUUUGGGAGUGUGGAAUAUGCUCUAAAGAAUUCCGACAUCAGUACACUCUGAUGCGUCACCUGCCGACUCACACCGACGAGCGGAACUUCAAAUGCGAAGCUUGCGGCAAAGCUUUCCGACAGCUCUCGACUCUGAGCCAGCACAAGGCCAUUCACAGCGACGCAAGGCCGUAUGUCUGCGAGUUUUGUAAGAAGACCUUCAACAGGGUCUCCACUCUCAUCUCCCACCGGAAAACACACUCCGAGCAAAAACCGCACAAGUGUCAUCUUUGCGGAAAGGGAUUCCACCAGAAAGGAAAUCUGAGGAACCACGUCUUCACUCACACAAACGAGAGGCCCUACAAGUGCGAGCUUUGCGGCAAGGGCUUUAACCAGAUGUCGAAUCUGGUCUGCCAUAAAGUGAAGGCCCACGCCCACGUUGAGAAGAUGCAAUAUGUUUGCGGAAUAUGCGACAAGGAGUUCCCCCGGCGGUUCUCCCUUCGAGCGCACGAGGAGCUCAAGCACGGGAUCAAGUACCGUAAUCCAGCCGCGGUGGAACCGACUACGAGCGAGGCUAAUAUUAAACGGAAAGGCGCCAGGAUCAUCGACCUACCUGAUGAUGAACGAAACGUCAUCACUGAUGUUAAAGAAAAGGACAUCCUUCACUCACCUCCCAACAUGGAUGCCAUCAUUAUUGACAAGAUAGACACAAAAGCGAUGGAAACCGCUCUUAUUCAGAGACAAACGCCUUUUGCUCUUUAUAAACCCGCAAAAGGAAUUCCAGUUCUUGUUCGGGUCUCUUCAAUCGAGAAUUCAAAACACAUAUUGACCCCUGCGACUGCUGAAGACUUGCGUUCGACUGGCAAUAUGGCUCUAAGUUCAGAAGACAGCGCCAAGUCCGUGCAAGUAAAAGUGCCAGUCGUAGCUACAAUCAUCCAAAAGUUGGAGUCGAGUGGCAAGUAUAGUUACUCGGUAGAACCUCCCGGUCCGGAACAGGAGCAAGACCUCGCCGCAUCGAGAGUCUUAAAAACCCCCUUUACCAAUUUCCAUAGGACCCUCCCACCCAAAUAUCCUUUCUCUCCCUUCUCAGAGAGCCUAAUCACGCCCCUCGACUCGACCUUGUAUCCGGAGAAAAACACCGGAAAUACAUCGAUCUCAUCGCCCGAGGAUUGCAACGAGCUGCUCGAAUUGGCAGCCCAGGGUGGCAUUCAGUUCGUCCGAGCUACCGCGGAUGGUCGCUACGAGGUGAUGACCAAUAACGAGGCUCGCGACCUGAUGGCCCAGAAUUCGCACGAUGUGACAAUCCUGGAUGGGGAAGAAGCCAUCAAUCUUGUCAAUAGUCAUCAGAGCAUUCCCGAAAUGAUGGAGAGGAUGGAGGAGAGCAUUGAAUUUCUGGGUGAUAAGGAGAUUCGUGUUCUGGAGAGCAGCAAGGAUUUGGAUGAUCGAUACGGAGAUAUAUCUUUGUAUUCGCAAUCGAAAAUUGAUGAGAUUCUCGGAUCCAAGUUUGAUGAGACGAUUGCGAUUGAACGCGAUGACGAGGGCCUGGGAAUGGGAACCAGUCGUCUCGACUUGUCAAGUUUCCUAAACCACCGCACGGAAAUUCCCACGAUAACAUCCUCGCAUGCUUCCAUCGCAUCUCUCCUCAACAAAACGCAACAUCCAAUCUCUAUCCUGAACGAAAGUUUGCCCUACUUAAAAAACCAAAGUCUCAGCGACGACCUGAAUCUUCUCGGGAUUCCGGGACCUGAUGAUCGUCAUUCGAUCCAAGAGUACACGAAACUGAAGAUACCGGGCUUCGACGAUUGCGAACCAGCAACAAGUUUAAAUUCUAUCCAACCAGAUUUGAAAGUUCUCAAUUCCCGAUGCCAGAACGGGAUUAAUAAUCCGAGACAGAAGAAUCAGAAGCUGAUUAGCUCUUUGGGAGAAGUUAAGAUACUGGGGCCGAAGAACCCGACUCCAGAGAUGAUUAUGCAGUAUCAGGAUCUUAAAUUUCUCAAUAGUUACGAACAGUUCUUGAAAAAUUCGCAUUUGGGGGCCAUGGCUGAUUAUCACGAGGAAAAGAAGGAGGUGAAGGUUCUGGGAAAGAAGCCGGAGUCAGGAAUCUUCAUCAAUUUAGAUGAUCCGACGAAGAAAUCGCGGUCCAACAAUUCAAGCUGUUCAUCCAGUGGUUACGAAUCUACAAAGUACAUGAUCUCGCCCGAGAAGGAGAACCGCAUUCCUGUUGCCAGAAACGAUCCAGACAACUUUCUCGCCCAAGCCUCAAGCUCGUGUGGAUCGGAUUUCCUGAACUUCGACAGUCGUGUUUUUGGCAGUCCCAGUAGUCAAUUCGAGAGGGCGCUGAAGGAGAAAGAUCUACCGAUGAACGAGCUGCCGAGUUUGGACUGACAAGAACGGCAACUUCUCCUGAUUUCUUCCUAUUCCCAAUGACGCUGCCCCUCGGGAAUUGUUCGCUCACUGCCGCUUAUUUCUCAGAUUUUAUUUUUAUUUUCUACUCCAUCCGUUUUUUUCUUUUUCGCGCAACAUUCGCGUUUUCUUUUCCGAUUGCUUUUGCAAUUUGCGCCACUGAUUGCUCCCUUUCGGCGUUUUUGGGACUUUAGUUAAAGAGCCGUAAGAGGCUAAAUACUAACCCUUAAAUUGUUUGCUCCAUACAUAAUGAGUGAUAUUUUUAGUCAAUUAAGCGUUAUAUAAAUAUAAUUUAGUAAUAUAUAAAUAUAUAAAAAUAGAUGAUUAAAAAGUAAUAUAUUUAACGUCGUAAUUUGUUUCACACUUACUCUAUGGUGUCUAAAUAUUUAUUUAUUAAAAAAAAUAGCUACUAAAUUGACUACUGUUCGUAAAAUGAUCUCAGAGUAGCACAUAUUGUUAUUUUUAUUUCGUGUCCCUUAUACUGGAACAAAAAAUG